GUUGUUGUAAUUGAUACACACACAACAAUUGUUUGUAUUUUAGCAAAAUUUUGUAUUUCCAACAACAAAAUCACAAAAAAACAACAUAAAUUUGCAACAAUUUGUUUUUCUAUUCUAUUAACAAAGGAUAUUUUGAUUUAAAAAUAUGUGGUAUAUUACUCAUGCAACAAGCGAUCAGUCGGUAUGUUUUUUGCCGGAAAAAUUGAAAUACUCUGUAGGACGCUUGGGAGCAGACGUUGAACUGCAAGAUGAUAUAUGUGUCAGUCGUGCACAUGCUGCAUUUCAUUUGGUCGAGACAGCAGUUGACCAAUAUAAAUUGGAAUUAGAAGAUCUUGGUUCUAAAUAUGGUACCUUUCUAAAUAAAGAUAUAGAAACUAAUACAGCCGUGGCAAAAGGACGUAAAAUACCCGUGAAAAAUAAUGACUUGGUACGUUUUGGUCGUUUACAAAAUAUAUGGAAAGUCCAAUUUAUGAUUAUAAAAACUGCCACCUCCUCACUUAAUCGAGACGAUAGUCUUCAGCUGCAUAGGUAUAUUUCGGCAUUAGGUGGUACAAUUCUAGAUGAAUGGUCCACGGAGUGUACGCACUUGACCAUGACGGAUACCUGUAUAACCAUGAAACUAUUGCAUGCACUUGUCGAACAAAAACCGGUUGUUACGCUCGCCUACUGGAAAGAUUUACUUAAUGCAGCCAAUGGUGUUAAAGUUCAUCUUCCAAAACCGGAACUCUAUAAACCGGAUUUCGAAGAUGAUGAAAUUAAUUUGAAUUGCAAUAUUAAGAGGAAAUCGCUAUUUAAGGGUUAUACUUUUGUCUUCUUAAAUCGUAAACAUUAUGAUACUUAUAGUCCGAUUGUUAGAGCCGCUGGUGGUGCCUGUAAAGAUCUUAACUCUGGUGUUCAGAAAGCAUUCCUCAUUAAAGACAAGGUAGUGGUAGUGGAAUAUACACCAUCCACUCAGACACAAAGUUCUCAAACCAUAAGCACUAUAGCAGACUUUUUAGAAUCAAACUCCAAACGUAUUAUACCAGAAUAUGAAAUUGGAUUUGCAAUAUUGCGCUGUUCUUUAAAAACAUAUUGUAAUCCUUCAUAUAAAAUGCCCAAUACGGCAGCAUCGUUAGUUGCCAGUGAAACCACAAAAGAUUCCAAUCAAAUUGAUUUAACCAAAGAACAUAGCACUCCCAGUUUAAAUACCGAAUCAAUGGAUUUAGUAAUAUCGGAAACAAAUGAAAAUAUUGUAACCUCAACACCUUACGUUAAUACGGAUAAUAUAAAUCCCAGCCCAAAUAAAGAAGGGUCUGGCGUGGCGGCCGAAAGUGAAAAACCGCAGGAAAAUCAAAGAAAACGUAAAGUAAUGAGUGUUGAUUUAAAUGAAAGUGAUGAUGACGAUCUCUUUCAAUUUCAAUCGAAGAAAACCUGUACAAAAAAAGUUGAUGAUGAAACUAUUGAAGCUAGAGCUACGGAUACUGAUCCUGUGCAGGAAAAUCUAAAUAAAACCUCAACCAUUAAUGUAUUUUUACAGAAAACUCAAAACAAAAUUAAAACACAAUCUACGCUGGAUCAAACUGUUGAUCAGCCUUCUACCAGUAAGGAAACACGUAAAAGACCUUUGAUACAAGUUCUAAACGAUGAUGAUGAGGGCAAUGAUGAUGACCUCUUCAGUUUUGGUGAUACCCAAAAGAAAAAAGCUCGCAAAGAAAAUAACGAAGAAGGAGAAGAUGAUGAUUUGUUUAGCUUUAAGGAGAAGGAAGCCCCUACAGCGGCAAAACCCAUACGCACUAUUGAAGUGGAUGAAGACAGCAAUGAUAUGGAGCCUACACAACAAUUUAUUGUUGUUACUAAAAAACCCUCCAUACAAAUGCCUAAACCUAAAGUUUUACCACGUAAAAUAUCGGCUAUAGAAUGGAUAUCUAGCUCUUUGGGUAAAAUUAAUAUUAAAAAGGAAAAUACAGCUUUAAUAAAAAGUGAAAAUGACAACGAAAAUGAAAAGGAUAACAUUAUUAAAACUGAAUCUGAAAUAAAAACAGAAGUAGGUGCAGAAAUCACUAUAACUGAAGAUCAUCGCAAAUGGUUAGAGUCUCUAAAGGAUGCCAUUGAAAUACAACAUGUCUCUCUAAAUAAUUCCAUGAAAAAUUCCGAUAAGUCUCAUUAUAAAUUUAAAAAUCGCUCAAAUGAUACAACAGAAAAUUUAAAUGAUACUGUACCAAAUUUCAAAAGAUUUGUUAAGAAAUAUCAUAUUCCUUCACAGAAUAAUUCCACUGGAAUUAAAUUACAUUUACGUUAAGAUUGUGUUGGCGUUAAAUACUUUUCUUUCCCAUUUACAAUUUACAUACAUUUAAGCAAAAUUUCAAAAUUACAUUUAGAAGUAAAUGUAGCUGUUGAACAGGUAAUUUUAUUUCGUGUAAUUUUUUAAUUUGAUUUUUCUUAUACAUAAGCACGUAUUCAGCAAUUAAAACAGAAAACAAUUUUUAAAAAUUUUGUAUGCAAAUCUCUAAAAUAAUUCGAGUAUUUUCUUACAAAAUUGUAAAUGUUUUCCGUUUAUAUUUCUGAGAGGUAUGCAUAAACAAAAUUUAAGUUUAAACAUAAAAUUAAGCGAUUUUCAAUUAUAAUUUCUUAAUAUUUCAAUCAUGUAAUAAAAAAGUAAUUCAAAAGAUUGAGGUUAUAAAUUUGCUUAAGUUAAUUAAGAAUUUAUAAAAUCCGAUUUAUUUGUAUCAUCUGAAAGGUCAAUGUUUCAACUUUAAAAUAAAGGUUUAACCUUUGAUAAACAGUAUA